CUGGGAAGAAGUUGCAGUCUAGGACGUGUCGUACACGUCACUUCCGGCGGCGCCCCCGAGGCAUGCUGGGAAUCGUAGUCCGAAAGGCGUUUUGGGCCGGAAGUGGGGCCUAGCAAGGCGGGAAGCGGCGGGGAUGCUGGGCUCUUGGCUCCUCGCGUCUUCUUUCCUCUUCCUGCCUCUGAAGGGGGCCGGGAAGGAGGACAACAUGGUCCACGUUCCGGGCGGGAAAGUCCAGGUCCAAGGCGUUUCCUCCACGGUCGAGCCCUUCCUGAUGGACACCUUCCCCGUCACCAACCGGGACUUCCGGGCGUUUGUGCGGGAGACGAGAUUCCGGACGGAGGCCGAGGGCUUCGGCUGGAGCUUCGUCUUCCAGGACUUUGUGCCCGACGCCCUGAAGGAGAAAGUGACCCGGAAGCUGGAGUCGGCUCCCUGGUGGCUUCCGAUCGAGAAGGCGUUUUGGCGGCAGCCGUGGGGUCCGGGUUCGGGUCUGGAGGGCCGUCUGGACCUCCCGGUGCUGCAGGUGAGCUGGACGGACGCCGCGGCCUUCUGCGCCUGGAAGGGAAAGCGCCUGCCCACCGAGGGCGAGUGGGAGUGGGCCGCCCGAGGGGGCCGGGCAGACAGGCUGUAUCCCUGGGGAAACAAGUUCCUGCCCAACCGGACCAACCUCUGGCAGGGCCCCUUCCCGGAGGGCGACUUGGCCGAGGACGGCUUCCACGGCGUCUCCCCGGUGGCCGCCUUCCCCCCACAGAACGCGUACGGGCUCUAUGACCUGCUGGGCAACACCUGGGAGUGGACGGCCUCGAAGUAUCUUCUCCCCGGGGGCGACGCCCGGCAACCGGCCCAGGAGAGGCGGGUCUUGCGCGGCGCUUCCUGGAUCGACACGGCGGACGGUUCGGCCAACCACAAGGCGGAAGUGGCCACCAGGAUGGGAAAUACUCCGGACUCGGCCUCCGACAACCUGAGCUUCCGCUGUGCCGCUGAUUUGCCCGCCGUGAAAAAAACAGAGAGCAAGAAAACCGAGCUCUGAAAACAGGAAGGAAGGACAAGAAAGUACAUUUCCUCCCGGGAUACCUCUCUAGGAAUUUCUAGGUCCGCCAACACAACUCUAUAGUCACUUUUUUGCGGGGGGAGAAUAGCAUAGAAAGUCCUGGAGGACCUAAAACAUUCCUAGAAAAAUGUUUUUUACUGUCCAUUUGUUGGGAUUUGACACAAGAUGCAUCAAGCGAGACACUCUCGCUGCAGAGAACCUUUGCUUCCGUACGCGAACUCGGGCUGGGCCCAUAACCAAUGAGGUAUUUUUUUACUUUAGUCCCUGUACAGCAAUACAAGAAAUAAUUCUGUACAAAAUGCAA